GGAAUGAUGGGGAUGCAGCUGGGCAAGUGCCUGAUCUCACCAUCCUGCUCUUCCCUCCAGGUGGUGGUGGUGACUGACUAUGCAGAGGGAGAGCUCUUCCAGAUCUUGGAGGACGAUGGGAGUUUGCCCGAGGACCAGGUCCAGACCAUAGCUGCCCAACUGGUCUCUGCUCUCUAUUACCUGCACUCCCACCGCAUCCUGCACCGUGACAUGAAACCUCAGAACAUCCUGCUGGGCAAAGAUGGCAUCGUCAAGCUCUGUGACUUCGGGUUUGCCCGUGCCAUGAGCAUCCACACCAUGGUGCUGACCUCCAUCAAGGGCACCCCGCUGUACAUGUCUCCUGAGCUGGUGGAGGAGAGGCCGUACGACCACACGGCAGACCUGUGGUCUGUGGGCUGCAUCCUGUAUGAGCUGUUUGUGGGCACUCCUCCCUUCUACACCAGCAGCAUCUUCCAGCUUGUCAGCCUCAUCGUCAAGGACCCCGUCAAAUGGCCUGAGGCCAUAAGCCCAGUCUUCAAGAGCUUCCUGCAGGGACUACUAAUGAAGGACCCCCACCAGCGUCUGUCAUGGCCCGAGCUGCUCUCUCACCCCUUCAUUGCUGGACGGGUUACUGUGAUUGAUGACACAGAAGAGCAUGGGAUCUCAAAUCCUUUCACCACCAAGCUGUCCCCAGAGCUGCAGGCCCUAAAGGAGCAACAAGCCCAUUCCCUGGCCCCCAGGAGCGGCCAGGCCAGGAUCCUGAGAAAGGCCCGUCAGAAGAUGGCUGAGGAGGCACAGAAAAAGGGGCAACUGAAGGCAGCUGACACAUCUGUGAAGGACUCUGGCAAAGGAUGCCCAGGGCAUAGACCCAGAGCAGCUCCUGGGAAGGCAGCCCACAUGGAGGGGGAACCACCAGCUGCCUCCAAAGAGAAGAACCCCAGUGUCCUGCAAGGAAAGAGCAGCAUGGCAGAGUGGGAGUUGGAGGAGCCUCCACCCAGCCCACGGGAGCACAGCAUCACUCAAGACUAUGAGAAGGAGUUUCCUGGAGCAGGGGUCCUUCCACAGACUGGUGCUGGCAGGACAGAGCCCCGGGACAGGUGCAGCAUCGAGACCAUGGACCUGGAGAGUGAAGAGCUGGAGAGUGAUGAGGAGUGGCAGCACCUGAUUGAGGCCACAGAGCCCUUGGCCAUGCAGCUGAGCACACCGCUGAGCCUCCUGAGGGACCUGGCCUUCCGGCACCAUGUCCAGGCCCGCUUGGCAGACUCUACUCAGCAGGUGCUAGAAGGGAUGCUGGAGGGAGCCUCCCGCCUCCGUCCUGUGCUCCGCGUCGUGGGCAACCUCCUGGCUACUCGGUGUGACUCUGAGCUGCUGUACCACUUCUGCCAAGAGCUAAAUGUGCCUCUGUCCCUGCUGUUUGUAGCCAAGCAGAUCCUGGAGAGUGGUAGAACCAAGCAGCAGCCCUGGUGUAUCCCAGUGCUGACAGACCUCCUCAUGGUGACCACAGUUUAUUUCAGCAGUGAAUGCAACCUGGAAGAGAGUGGGCAAAAGGACAGCCUGCAGACCUUCCAGGAGAGUGCUGGCUGCUUCCUAGCUCUGCUGCCAGAGCUGCUGGCUGAGCCGGCCGACAGCGAGAUGAGACUCUGCCAGCAAAGCCUCCUGUGCUUCACCCUGCUCUGUGAGAGACUGGAUGCGACGUUCCCUUCCGUCUCUGCCCCCUUCUAUGCCAGCCUGCGAGAGGAGCAUCAGCCCCUGCUAAACAAACUCCUCCAGGGAUCCAUCUCGGAGCCUGCUUUGCAAGGUGCAGUGAUGGAGGCCAAAUCAGCCCAUUACCAGAGCCUACGUGUGGCAGACCUCUUCAUGGCUGCAUUGGCUGCUGCCUGCAGCAUCCCCCUGGAGAGGAAUGGCUGUUGGGAAGCCAAGCAGCAGGUUGCUCAGGAGGUAGCCGAAAAACUUAUGGAGGCAGAGCGCCAGCAACUCGGGAGGCUGCUGGGAAGACUGGAGCACCCAAGCUGCUCCUUGAACGCGCUUAAGAUCCUCUAUGCUGGCUGCCAUGCCAGUCUGAGCCUGUGCCAGCACCUGGGAAGGAACCAGCAACUUUGGAGUUCUCUCAUGCAGCUCUCAAAGGGCAAAGUGCCCAUGGUGGAGGUGGCCCAGGGGGCAGCCUGCGAGGCCUCACUGUACCUGCUAGCCCUGCUUACCCUGCAGCUCCAGGCCUCUCCUCCCAGGUAA